AACAUAACCGCCCUGUUCUCCAGAACGAGGAGUUAGGGGAAAUUAAGUUGUUUGACAACAACUAGCCAGUAGAAAUACUUUUUAGAUCACGAGAAAAUAAUUUUGCACGAUAGUGAUGAAGUUCGUUAAUAGGUGUGGUGUAUAGGGUUAGUAUAAGUAUUACACUUCCCAAAGGACAUUUUGUUAACAUUUCGAAGUUACCUUCUAAGCUUGGGAAAGCGGUGCAUUUUCUUCCCGUUCCAGACUCAACUCAUCACCUUCUCAUCAUGCCUUUCCCCUUCGGGAAGUCUCAGAAGAGCCCAGCAGAGAUUGUGAAGAGUCUGAAGGAGAACGUGGCUUACUUGGAAAAGCUGGAUGCGGCAGAAAGCAAAAAAUGUGAAAAGGUUGCAGAAGAGGUGUCGAAGAACCUGUCAUCUCUGAAAGAGGUGCUGUGUGGUACAGGGGACAAGGAGCCCCAAACGGAGGCAGUUGCCCAGCUGGCCCAGGAGCUCUACAACACCAACCUCCUUAUUGCUCUCAUUGCAAACCUGCAAAGGAUUGAUUUUGAGGGAAAGAAGGAUGUGGUCCAGCUGUUCAGCAACAUUGUACGGCGUCAGAUUGGCACCCGUACGCCCACGGUUGAGUAUAUCUCCUCACACCCACAGAUCCUCUUCAUGCUGCUGAAAGGGUACGAGAGUGCGGAAGUGGCUCUGAACUGUGGGAUGAUGCUAAGGGAGUGCCUGCGUCAUGAGCCCCUGGCGCGCAGCGUUCUUUUCUCUGAAGACUUCUACUGCUUCUUCCGCUAUGUAGAGCUGUCCACCUUCGACAUCGCCUCAGAUGCUUUUGCUUCAUUCAAGGAUCUUCUCACGAGACAUAAGAUUAUGUGCGCAGAUUUUCUGGAGACCAAUUAUGACAGGGUGUUUACAGAAUAUGAGAAGCUACUGCAUUCUGAGAAUUAUGUCACCAAACGGCAGUCCCUGAAGCUCCUGGGAGAGCUUCUUCUGGACAGACAUAACUUCACUGUGAUGACCAAGUACAUCAGUCGUGCAGAGAACUUGAAGAUGAUGAUGAACAUGCUGCGAGACAACAGCCGCAACAUCCAGUUUGAGGCCUUCCAUGUCUUCAAGGUGUUUGUGGCCAACCCCAACAAGACUCAGCCUGUGCUGGACAUUCUGCUGAAGAACCAGGCCAAGCUGGUGGACUUCCUGAGCCACUUCCAGACAGAUCGCUCUGAGGACGAACAGUUCUGUGAUGAGAAGAACUACCUGAUCAAGCAGAUCCGCGACCUGAAGAGGCCCCCGCCACCAGAGGAGGCGUGAGGGGACAGGCAGGGGGACGCCAGUUCAGUGGUAGAGAGUGAGAAUGAUGGUGAGAGCGAGCGAGGGAGUCAUGCUUGACUAGAAUCUAUUACUCUUCCCUUCUCUUAACUUCAAACAUAGGACAAAUAUAUUGUACAAACUCCCUCCUCAUCGCUUUUUAAGUUUCUAAUGCUCAUGUGGGAACGGAGGUAAUUUUUAAGGCACACACAACAAGAGUGACCCAAGAACAGUUAUUUAAACCCAAGAACAGCUAUUUCAACCAAUUCGUAUGAAUCAAUGCACUUUGUCAGAUGAUGUUAUAUUGGACCUUAAACACGCCAUUAUUCUCUUAAGCACAGUAGCACACCUGAGCAAUUUCCUGGGAAAUUAGGAUACGUGGUCAACACAAAACGGAAUAAACUCUUGACAACAGGCAAAGUCUCACCAAACUUGGUGAGGAAAUGUAAAAUGGAUUUGCAAGCUUUUAAAAGGCGAUGUCCUAUAUGAUAUUUUAGGACCUAGAAUUUUUAAAUCAAGAUAUUCUUUUGCUGGCGUUAUUCUAUAAUAGUUAACAUUUUAUUUUGUAACUAACACCACACUUAACAAAUUCCAUAAUAUCUUGGUUUAUUGCUUUAUUUAAGAGCUCUUUCAUUGAUCUGGGACUUUUAAUAUGUGGAUGACCUUAGUGGUAUUAUUCUUUGCUUGGGAUAAACACUUGGGUUGAAGUAGGUCUUUAGUUGAUAACUACGUAAUUAUCUUCAGUCCAGCUCCUAACAGCAUACAAAGUGACAAUAGAAAGCUCAAAGAUGCGAGUCCUCUGCUUCAGUUGUCCUAAUAGAAUCCAUCAGAGAUGGCAGUAAAAAAAAUAUGAAACAUGAAUCGAUUACAUUUGUGAUGUAGGAGCCAGGCUGGUAGGAGCCAGGCUGGUAGGAGCCAGGCUGGUAGGAGCCAGGCUGGUAGGAGCCAGGCUGGUAGGAGCCAGGCUGGUAGGAGCCAGGUUGGUAGGAGCCAGGCUGGUAGGAGCCAGGCUAGUAGACUAAAAUAGACUAUCGGAUAACGCUGCAGGGUGACCAUAGGCAGCCAUCCAUUCUUUACGCUGAUUGAUCCCAAUGUUGGCACUCUCUUUUUCCCCGCCCAGAUGCUCGCUAGUUUUCAUAUGCAGUUAGGAACUGGUGUGAGAUAUGAAGAUGUUUUUUCUUCAGAAAUGAUCACUUAAUAAUAUUACUUUGCAGACAACUGAUAAGAUGUAUCCUCCCAAUACUAUUACUAACACGUAUCUUAUCGGACAACAAUAAUGCAACACAAAAGUAACACUGUAAUGUUGCAGUGCAACAGAAUCUGCCCGAGCUCUGAUACUAUAGAGCCUAAGAUGCUAGUAAGCGUGGGCUUCCAUGAGCUGCAUGCUGUGUUUCAGGCCUCACUCUCAUGCAAUUAGAUGCACUUUUCAGGAAGCCAUUGCAGAGGCCUGUGAUUGGACCCUUUUUUUUCCAUUUUCGCCUAAAAUGACAUACCCACAUCUAACCGCCUGUAGCGCAUGACCUGAAGCAAGGAUAUGCAUAUUCUUGAUACCAUUUGAAAGGAAACACUUUGAAGUUUGUGGAAAUGUGAAAUUAAUGUAGGAGAAUAACACAUUUAGAUCUGGUAGAAGAUAAUACAAAGAAAAAAAACAUGCGUUUUUGUUCCAUCUUCAAAAUGGAAGAGAAAGGCCAUAAUGUACUAUUCCAGGUUAGGCACAAUUUAGAUUUGGCCACUAGAUGGCAGCAGUGUAUGUGCAAAAUUUUAGACUGAUUCAAUGAAACAUUGCAUUUCUGUUCAAAAUGUUGUAUCAAGACUGCCCAAAUGUGCCUAAUUGGUUUAUUAAUACAUUUUCAAGUUCAUAACUGUGCACUCUCCUCAAACAAUAGCAUGGUAUUCAUUCAAGAAUUUAAGCUUUCUGCCCAUAUCUGGUAUGUCCUGGGAAAUCUUCUUGUUACUUACAACCUCAUGCUAAUCACAUUAGCCUACGUUAGCUCAACCUUCCCGUGGUGGUGGUGGGGGGGGGGGGGGGGCACUGAUCCCGUAGAAGUUAAACACAUUAAAUGUUCCACAUAAUGACCUUCAUUGUCAAACUUGAAGCCAAUUGGGAUGAUUUAUGUUGAAUCCAAAGCACCAAAUUGGCCACAUUCUCUUAAUGGGUGUUCGACUCUUAUCAAUAAUUACUUUGUAAAUUGCCCAGAUGAACAAAAAAAAAGAGUAUCUUGAAAUGACAGCGUUUUUACCUUACCUGGUGUCACUUAAAUUGCAUAAUAACAGAUUACAAAAAUAUAUGGUGUCUGUUUUGCACAAUUCUUGUAUAUACCUCAUGGGGUUUUGAGUUCAUAAUUGCUGUGUUCUCUACUUUCCUUGACAAGAUAUUUGAUUUGAUAUUUUGGAUAAACCGCAUUGGUUUGUAUUAUGCAUGCUAAAUAAAUCAAUGUUUUUGUUUGAACUUAAGCAGGGAGUGGGACCUGGUUUUCUCUUAGGGGAAAGACUUCAACAAAAUGUAUUUGUUGGGUGCCUCAUGUCAAUUCAUAAUGAAUUACAGGAUUGGCCCCACAAAAGUAUGAAUGUUGCCUUACUUUCAGAAUUUUUAUUUGAUUGUUAAGACCAUGUAUGUGCUCAAUUUUCUUAACCAAAGGUAAUUUGAGGUGGAAAAUAAUGCAUUUCAAGUCCCAAACAUAACGCCAACUUCACAGGCCCAGAUAAAAUUCAUUUUAAUUGGCAAAUAAUUAACUGCAAAUGUGAUAAACCAUGAAUGGAAUACUUCUGGACUAGAGAUGGUAUUCUAGGACUUUUGGAAAAAGUGCAGUUUAGUACUGUAGGCUUAAUCUGGGUCACUAUAAUCAGCCCACAUACUAUUAUUUAUUGGAAUUUCAGAUCACCUGUUUUGUGGUACACCAAGCAUUAAUCAAAAUGUUUUAUCACAACUUCAACUGAAUAAUUUCUUUAGAGGAAAUCAAAUAUAAAGCUAAAUGUUUCAGAUCAUUUUCAGACCUCUGGUUACUUGGCUAGUAUAACAACUCAAUGGCAAUAUACAAUUAUCAAGGCUAAAUAAUUGUUGGGUGAUUCAAAAUUUUCAUUUUUAACUUUAAAAUGUUUAUGCUUUACGUUUUUCACUCUGUUUCCCAUAGGCUUUGUGUAUCUGAUUUAGUUUUACUGUGGGAAAAGAUUAAAUGUGUACAUAGCUUUAUUUUAAAAGGUGAAUGUGUGGAAACAUUAAAAAAAUUUAAGACGCCA